AUGGCUCCUCCCACUGCAAUUGACAUUGAAGGUGUCACCGACACACAAGCCAUUGUACUUCCAAAUCCCUUGACUAUCAACGGUGUAUCUGCGAGACGCACAAAGGCUGGGAAGUUGGUAGCAGGGACUGCAGCCUUUACAUCUAGCGACCAUUUUAAAAGCCAAACCUCUGGAAAGCCAAAUGCGAAAAGAUGGGAUCGUAAGUCUGUCACACAAACCCCACCUUCUAUACAUGCUGACCACCCACACGCAGACUACCUUACCAUUGAAAGCAAAGCCCGCCAACCAUCCUCCCUGAAAGGCGCCGCCCAGUACCUUAGGAACCCCGGUCUCAUAUCCCUUGGUGGAGGUCUCCCAUGCGCCGAGAACUUCCCCAUCGAAGAGCUGGCCAUCAAAGUCCCCUCACCGCCUCACUUCUCCGAGCAAGAAACCAAGGUAUCGGGAACGGUACUCACGGCCGGCAAGUACGAUGUCGCCGAGGGGCGUAGCGCAUAUGACCUCUCCAUUGCCCUGAACUAUGGUCUCGGUACGGGAAGUGCGCAGAUGAUCCGUUUCGUGACCGAACAUACGGAGAUUGUGUGUGAUCCGCCGUACGCGGAUUGGCAUUGUGCGCUCACGGUCGGAAGUACUUCUGCGCUUGAUCAGACGUAUCGGAUAUUCUGUGAGCGCGGCGACUAUGUACUCUCCGAGGAGUACACGUUCGCGUCUGCCGUCGAGACCGCUCUACCACUAGGCAUUAAAUUCGCCGGCGUGAAAAUGGAUGAUCAAGGCUUAAUAGCUGAGAGUAUGGAUGAGAUACUCAGUAACUGGAAUGUCCAAGAACGAGGAGCGCGGAAACCCCGUGUUCUGUACACAGUUCCAUCCGGUCAGAACCCCACUGGUGCAACACAGAGCACAGAGAGACGAAAGGCGAUCUACAAAGUUGCCCAGAAACACGACAUCUACAUCCUCGAAGACGAGCCAUACUACUUCCUGCAAAUGCAGCCGUACACCGGGCCCAACGCCGCCCCUGUUCCCCCACCAGAGAACAACGAAGCUUUCCUCAAAGCUCUCAUCCCCACUUACCUGAGCAUGGACGUCGACGGCCGCGUGAUGCGCAUGGACUCAUUCUCCAAAGUCAUCGCGCCCGGUACACGCGUAGGCUGGAUCACAGCCUCGGCGCAAAUCGUCGAGCGCUUCGUCAGACACAACGAGUGCUCGAACCAGAACCCCAGCGGAAUCUCCCAACUAGUCUUGUAUAAGAUGCUAGACGAGAGCUGGGGCCAUAGCGGCUACUUACAAUGGUUAAUCAGCCUCAGAUUAGAAUACACGAGACGCAGAGAUGCGAUUCUAGCUGCGUGUGAGAAGUUCUUGCCCAAGGAGAUUGUGAGCUGGAAUCCACCUGCUGCUGGCAUGUUUCUCUGGCUCAAAAUCGCCCAUCACCUACACCCCUCCUACGCCACAACGCCGCUCCUGGACCUGGAAGAAAAAAUCUUCCUCGCUGCCGUGGAAAGGGGUGUUCUCAUCUCCCGCGGUUCCUGGUUCACAGCUGAGCGCGACGGCUUCGUACCGCAGGACAUGUUCUUCCGCGCUACGUUCGCGGCGGCGACCGAGGAGAAGAUGACGGAGGCUAUUGAGCGGUUUGGAAAGGCUAUUAGAGAGAGUUUUGGGUUGGUUGAUGGGAAGGUGCGGAAUGGUAACGGGGCUUGA